AUGGAGCCCUACAAUGUGACUGGCCCGCUCAACUUCACCCUCCCCCCCAACUUCGGCAAGCGGCCCACCGACAAGGCCCUGAGCGUCAUCCUGGUGUUCUUGCUGCUCCUCAUCAUGCUCUCGCUGGGCUGCACCAUGGAGUUCAGCAAGAUCAAGGCCCACUUCUGGAAGCCCAAGGGGCUGGCCAUCGCCCUGAUAGCGCAGUAUGGCAUCAUGCCCCUCACCGCCUUUGCAUUGGGCAAGGCCUUCCAGCUCAAUAACAUUGAGGCGCUGGCCAUCCUCGUCUGCGGCUGUUCGCCUGGGGGGACCCUGUCCAACGUCUUCAGUCUGGCCAUGAAGGGGGACAUGAACCUCAGCAUCGUGAUGACCACCUGCUCCACCUUCUGUGCCCUGGGCAUGAUGCCCCUCCUCCUGUAUGUCUACUCCAGGGGCAUCUACGCCGGGGACCUGAAGGACAAGGUACCCUAUGGCGGCAUCAUGGUAUCACUGAUCCUGGUUCUCAUUCCCUGUGCCGCCGGGAUCUUCCUCAAUGCCAAACGGCCACAAUAUGUCCCCUAUGUCAAGAAGGGCGGGACAAUCAUCAUGCUUUUGUUAAGUGUGGCCAUCAUAGCACUCUCGAUCAUCAAUGUGGGCAAGAGUAUCAUGUUUGUCAUGACCCCGCACUUGCUGGCCACCUCCUCCCUGAUGCCUUUCAUUGGCUUCGUGCUGGGCUACAUCCUCUCUGCUCUCUUCCGCCUCAAUGGGCAGUGCAGGCGCACAGUCAGCAUGGAAACUGGAUGCCAAAACGUUCAACUUUGUUCUACCAUCCUCAAUGUGACGUUCCCCCCUCAAGUCAUUGGGCCACUUUUCUUCUUCCCUCUCCUCUACAUGAUUUUCCAGCUCGGAGAAGGGGUUCUCCUCAUCUCCAUCUUUCGUUGCUAUGAGAGAAUCCAGCCUUCCAAAGAUAAGAUGAAAAUAACCUACACAGCUGCUCCAACUAAAACAGCAGUUCCAGAAACCCUAGGAAACGGCACCCACAAAGGGGAAGAGAGCUCCCCUUGCACAGCCUAG